AUGGCAGAGAAGUUUGCUGACUUUGGGUACCCAAGAGCUCACCCAAAGCCACCCAAGGGUCUGCUGCUGACUUCACUGGGGCUGAGCUCCACCUGGCAUUACUCUCAGGAGGAGGAGGAGGAGGAGGAGGAGGGGAGGAUGUAUGUGAAGGCCAUGGUGGUCGAUAAGGACUUUUCGGAGGACAGGAAGCCCAGGAAGGUGUCCCCAGUGAAGGUGACAGCCCUGGGCGGUGGGGACUUGGAAGCCACGUUCACCUUCAUGAGGGAGGAUCGGUGCGUCCAGAAGAAAAUCCUGANNNUCUCUGUGAAUGACCCAUCUUCUCUGUCAUCUACAGAUGGAGGCAGGAAGCUGAUAUAUGUGCAGGAGCUGCCCGGGAGGGACUACUUCGUCUUUUACUGCAAAGACCAGCGCCGUGGGGGCCUGUUCCACAUGGGAAAGCUCAUGGGUAGGAAUCCUGACAUCAACAUGGAGGCCCUGGAAGAAUUUAAGAAAUUCGUGCAGCACAAGGGACUCUCGGAGGAGGACAUUUUCAUACCCCUACAGACGAGAAGCUGCACUCCCGAACACUAG